AUGAACCAACUCGAUCCUAGUGCCUUAUCCCAAAUUGCUUCAUUCCUUACUGUAGAUGAUAUUGAUGCUUUCAAAUUUAUAAACCGAAAGAACGUGGCAGUCUUAGGAAGUGGUAUAAAAUCUCAAUCGUUGGUGAAUCGGGAUUUUUCCUAUCUUUUUGAUGAUCAUCAUGAGAACAGUGAUUUGGAAAGGGAGUGGUCAAUCUUUGAAGAUCGUAAUAUACCAUCCAUUCUGAUUCAAUUGAAUUUUUUAGAAGAUGAUUUUCCAAUCUCUCAUGUAUUGAGAUUCUUUAGACAUUUAGUUGGAGAAAAGAAUUUUAAACAAUGGAGUAGUACAGAAGCCGAUAUUAUCAUUAAUUGGGGUUCGGAGGGAAGAAGUUCAAUGGAUUUAAUAUUUAAGGAACUUGAUGCUCUUUCGUCUAUUAAUUUGAAAGGCAUGGAGGCAGAGAAUCAGGAACAAACAGCCCAAGAUGAAGGAAUUAUUACUGAAGAAGAAAUUAAAAGAGUAACCGAAAAUAAUCCAGUUAUAAUUCAUGGUGGGAAUGAUGGUAAACUAAUUUGUUCUGGAUCUGCCUUUUUGUUACAUCCUUGGUUCAAUAGACCUCAAGAAUCUCAAACUCUAUACUUCGCAACAGCUAGACACAAUCUGUGCAAACAGAUAUUGAACAACUAUGUGAUUAAAUUAUCCACAAUGUAUGUCACUGAGCAUGUGCAAACUGAUGUGUAUCAUCAAGACAUUGGUUUAAACAAUUAUGAUAAAAUUCUUGCCACCCCAUUAAUUAAGAAGGAUGUUGAAUCCUUAAUGUGUACAUCAGAUCCAGAUAUAACUUUUUUCAAAAUCCAUCUAGAUGGUUUUUCCAAUCAUAGAAUGGCAUUUGAAUUCUUUAGCAAAGCAAGAUAUUUCAUUCCAAAAUCUGUAACGCAACUUUCAACAAUUAAUGAUGAAAGCUAUAAUGUUGGAAUAGCUUGUGUAUUAGGAAAGUGGAGAGAUGUGGAUUUUGAAAGAUUGGAAAACACUAGCCCAAGUAUUGAGUGGACUGAAUCAUUAAGGCAAUAUCUGAACUCAACUAAUCGACCUGGAGGUGUGGUUUGGUCAUUUGGUCAGUCAAAAGGAUUCAAAACUAUUGGAAACAUUGACUAUAUUUGUUAUAAUUGUGCCUCUGCACCUGGAUGUAGUGGCGGAGCUUGUAUUUUAAUGAAUCCAAUCAGUAAUCCUUAUCCGUCCAAAGAACAAUGUAUCUCAUUCAUUGGUGUUCACAGAGGGUUUAGUCCACAACAUGACUGUAACAUUGCAACUCCAUUCUCCAUAGCGAAAGAUCAAUACAAGACACUCAUCUAUGCCAAUAUUAAGAAUGAUUUGCCAAGAAAGGGAAGAAGACAAAUAGAAGAGUUUUUGGGUGAAAAAGGAUCUUGUACUGUAUUGUAA